AUGGUGGAAAUAUUUCGAAGUGACAUUGAUGUACAACAUUCAUUAUUUUCGGUUUUGUUAUCCGUAAUAGUAAUCAAUAUAGCAUAUAUAUUACGUUUCGAAAAGUGGAAACUUGAGUAUAUAGCGUUCUUGCUAUCGAUUCCAAUAUCGGUGUUAAUUUGUGGUUGGCGUGCACGUUGGAAUGCAAUACAAGCAUCUUUUCUUGGGGGCAUUUUUACAUUAUCUCUACUCUGUGCCUAUUCAACAAAUAAUUUGUAUUUAUCAAUAUUCGCUUGGUAUUUCGCAUGUAUGGCGGUAUUUCACUACGGCGAAUUUCUGGUGACAGCGUUAACAAACCGACCAGAUUUGAACUUUUCAUCCUAUCUUCUUGAUCAUUCUCUCGCAUAUUGGGCAGCUGCUUUGAUAAGCUGGGUGGAAUAUGCAGUGGAAGUACAUUUCUUACCACAUUUAAAAAAUGUUGCCGUUAGUUAUGUUGGAUUAAUAUUAAUUAUAUUUGGUGAAAUUUUACGGAAACUUGCAAUGAUUCAUGCAAACGGUGGAUUCACACAUAUGAUUGCAAUCAAGAAGUGUCCAAAGCAUAAAUUGAUCACUAGUGGUGUGUAUGGUUUCGUACGACAUCCAGGAUAUCUCGGUUGGUUAGUUUGGUGUUUGGGCACUCAGGUAAUGCUAUGCAAUCCUGUAUGUUUGAUCCUUUAUUUGCUAGUUGGGUGGAAUUUCUUCAACGAAAGAAUAUAUUGGGAAGAACGUUAUCUGACUUCCUUCUUUGGUACAGAAUAUAUUCAGUAUCAAAGAAACGUACCGCUUGGAAUACCGUUUAUUAAAGGAUACGAAUCACAGUCAUCGAGAUAG